CGCUGCCAGCAUCAGCCUCUCAGGACAGAAAACUUAAUUUAUCUCCUUAUUAUUUGUUUCUCUCUCUCUUUUCUCUCUUUAUCUCACCCACUCUGUCUCAUUCUGUCUCUUUUCUUUCAUGUAAACGUCUCAUGACAUUUGCAUUGCACAUGCUUUCCUGUUAAAUGCAAAUCAGCUGUUUUCACUGACUGACUGUGCUCUGGCUCCAACAGGUGGCACAGGACCAGGCGGUAGCUGCACUAAGCUCAGGGAGGAAGAGAAACCCCAAAGUGUCUGUCCAUCCACGAAGGUCUGUGACGAACCCAGUGACGCUGAGAGACCCUUUAUUUUUCCGUCCACCCGCUCACGGCCCCCCUUGCUCCCCACCAUGCCUACUCUGCCUGAGGAGGAGGAAGACUCCCCUGAGGAGCUGGACAGUUCAUCGAGCUCCCCCAGUACCUCCACACCAAGUGAAAGUCGAGCUGUGGUCAUGACGGCCCCCACUAUCGUCUUUCCACAACAGGCUACUGUUGUCCAGCAGGAUGGAUGUCCUCUUGAGCAGGCCAGACCACACAGUCCCAGAGCUCGGCUGGUCAGGAACUCCUCUGGAGGACCCAUCACCACAGUCGACAGCACAGGUAAUGUUAUUGACCUGGUGAAAGAUCAGCUGCCAGAGAUGCAGCUCUCUGAAGAGGAUCGACAGAAAAACCUGGAGCUGCUCGAACAAGCAAAGAAGGUCAGCGACCGAUUCUUGACCCGCCGCGGCCGCCGUUCCACCAGCAGCCUUACGGACUCACCCACAGGUCUUUCUCCAACUCCAACUCCAUCGUCCUCCCCCGGCUCAUCCAGAAGCAGCUCACUGACUGUGGCCCCUCAAACCCCUGUAGGACCCGUAGAGUUAUCCCAAGCCAGCCCAGUGUUUGUUGGUCAGCAUCUGGAGGUUCCUUCACUGAGGGAACAGCCUGACAUUACAAAUCAAGAACAGGAGGGCAGCAGAUUACUAGUGGACUGGAAACCCAGUGAGAAAAGGAAAGUGUCCUCUGGGACUUUAACGCCCCGUUUUGCCUCUCAGAAGGAGAACUGUGAUCCCGGUGCACCAAAGAGUCCUCCAGCAGUCAGUAGGUCAGAUGAGGGAGCUGGUUCAGGCCGAAACUCCAACCAGACCCCAGCCACAGGGGUAGCCAAGCCCGUCCCCCGUCCCCCCACUCAACAAGCCCCCUGUACAGCAGAGAUCAAGACGAUUGGGGCUUUCCCCCCACUAAUGAGAGCUGUUUCCUGGGAUGCUGUAGGCAGCCUUAAUUCCAGAAAUGGACCACCUAAUUUCCCUCCAACAGCAGAGGACACUUUCUCAGACAAACCCCGGGAUUCUGUCCUUAAUAAAUCCUCAGGGUACAAGGACCUGCCAGUCCAGCCGGGCAAUGUGCAGAAACUAUCUAAACUCAGAGAGGAGCACAAGCUGAUGCGAAACCAAAGUAUAGUGGGUUCCAAGUUACCAGAUUUAAGUGAAGCUUCUGAACAGGAAAAAGGUUCUCCAGUGUCGCCAACAUCAUCCAGAAUCGAAGAGGUGAAGGAGAAGUCUGACGCCAUGCCAAAUAUUUCUGAUGUGAUGCUGAGAAAACUCAAGCUUCAUCGUGGUCUGCCAGGCUGUGCUCCCCCACUUACUGAAAAAGAAGUUGAGAAUGCAUUUGUUCAGCUGUCACUGGCAUUUCGUAAUGACAACUACACCCUGGAGAUGCGUCUCAAACAGGCGGAGAGGGAGAGGAACCUGACGGAGGAAGACACGGAGAAAGAACUGGAGGAGUUCAAAGGCGCACUGAAGAUGACUGCACCGCAGUGGCAGAACCUGGAGCAGCGUGAGGCGUACCAGCGUCUGAUCGAAACGGUGGCGGUGCUGCACCGUCUGGCCACUCGACUCUCCAGCAGAGCAGAGAUAGUCGGAGCAGUUCGACAGGAGAAACGUAUGAACAAGGCAACUGAGGUCAUGAUGCAAUAUGUGGAAAAUCUGAAGAGGACGUAUGAGAAGGACCACGCUGAGCUGAUGGAGUUUAAGAAGCUGGCCAACCAGAACUCCAACCGCUGUUACGGUGGCUCUGUAGACACUGGAGAUGAUGGAGUUCCACGGCCGUCAAGAUCAAUGUCGCUAACACUUGGAAAAGCUCUGCCCAGACGCAGGGUGAGUGUUGCAGUUGUGCCGAAGUUUAAUCUCCUCAACAUCCCGGGUCAGACCCCAGCUACAGCCGGCCCGGGCCCCAACGUGGGACCCACCGCUGGUGCCGCACUUCCUGUCCUGUGUGAAGCAAAUGAUGUUAAAGGCAACUCCACCCCAGAGACACCACAACCACCACAACCAGCAGCAGAAUGUGGAAAGAGUGUGUCGGAGCAGGAAAGUGAGCCAGCCAAGCCUUCAGUCAACUUAGAAGAGAUUAGAGCCGAGAUCAAGGCAAAGAUCGAGGAGGAAGCGUACAAUAAAGGAUAUCAAGAGGGACUAAAGCAAAGUAAAGCACUCCAAGAAGAGAAACGUGAAGAAGAAGAAGUUGCUUCAGAGAAACUGCUGGACACUAAAAAUAAGGAUGAAGAGAGUGGAAAGAAGAUAAACACUAGCAGGAGGAUGGAGGAUGUCCUGGUUCUUCUCAGUCGGUUUUCUCCCAAAGUUUCCUGGAGUAAACGUCUUCUCUGGAUCAUCCUGACAUUCUUCCUGUUAAUGUGUCUGGUCAUCAGUAUUUUUACUUUCUUCAGUGACUACUACAACAGACGCGAUGACACGUAAGCAGAAGAGCAACACAACCUGGACUGAGUGUAAAAGCACAACCAAAGAACCCACUGCAGAGGCCCUCGGCGUCCUCGGUCUCGAUCAUUUUUUACCAUAUCGCCACAAUCGGACUCACUUGAAUUCGACACACUGGUACUCCAGGGUCAAAGACAUUUUGAGAGGCUGGAUUAUGUAGCUUUUUCAGGGUUGAUGGAAUUUUUUUUUUUUUUUUUGCAUGGUUUGGAAAGUUGCAGAUUGUUUGAAGCAGUGAGAAAAAACAUUAUUUCUUAAGGGACCAAUGAGUGUGAUUUAAUUAAUAUAUAUAUUUUAAUUAGAUGCUUAUACUAAAUGAUACAUUCUGGUAGUGAUAUGGCAGUCUCCAUUAAAUACUGCAAUAGACAGAAGACAAAGUGUACAUUUAUCUACACUUUAUUACGAUUUAAUAUGUCUCAGGUCCAGUAGUUAAUAAAGCCCCUGAGAGUGUUUGAAACAUAUUUAAAGACAUAAGAAA